CUGUCUUGUGCAUCCAAUUCUGCAUCCUCAGGCUCUGCUGCUCCUCCUCCACUCUCCAGCUACACGUACCCAAGCUUACCCAUAACCAAGAACAGACAAGAACUGGUUUCCCUCAUAGAAAACAACUCUGUUGUGAUCAUCCGAGGAGCCACAGGCAGUGGCAAGACAACCCAGGUCCCACAGUACAUUCUUGACCAUUACAAUGAGAAAAAUGCUUCAUGCAACAUUGUGGUCACCCAACCACGCAAAAUCGGAGCCACCAGCAUCGCUCGGUGGGUCGCCACACAGCGGAAGUGUACCCUGGGAAGCCUGGUGGGAUAUCAGGUUGGGCUGGAGAAGAUGGCUACAGAGCACACCCGACUUAUCUACAUGACAACAGGCGUGCUGCUGCAAAAAUUGGUUUCAGCCAAGUGCCUCACCGAGUACUCCCACAUUUUUGUUGAUGAGGUGCAUGAGCGCACAGAGGAGAUGGACUUUUUACUUUUAGUUUUGAGGAAACUCCUGCAUUCCAACUCCCGUUAUGUUAAGAUAAUCCUCAUGUCGGCCACAGUUAACUGCAGACAGUUUGCGGAAUACUUUGGCACUCUUAUUCGUGGCAAAAUGAGCCCUGCCUAUGUGUUUGAGGUUGAGGGGGCACCAUAUGCCAUUGAGGAGUUUUACUUGGAUGAUCUCCAUAACCUUUUCUCACACAAGCAGACUGAGUUCCCUCAUCCAGACGAUCCCUACAUCUCAGCUGAAAUAUACAAUAUCGCCAUCAGUCUAAUCCAAAGUUUUGACAAGAUGGAGGAAAACGAAACCAGUAGCAAGUCUCAGAAAGGGAGUGGAACGACUUUGUCACAGCGAGGCAGCAUAUUGGUUUUCCUUCCUGGUAUAUAUGAGAUAAGGUACAUGCAGGAGGCCUUAUUCAAGCUGGCAAAUAAAAGAUUGCAGAUUUGCCCACUCCACUCCACAGUGACUCUGGAAGAGCAGAACGGUGUGUUCCUGUGCCCUGUCCCAGGAUACAGGAAGGUCAUCCUUUCCACCAACAUCGCUGAGAGUUCAGUGACUGUUCCAGAUGUUAAAUAUGUGAUCGAUUUCUGCUUGGCCCGACGCUUAGUCUGUGAUCCAGAGACUAAUUAUCAGUCUCUACGUUUGACUUGGGCGUCCAAAACCAACUGCAACCAGCGCAGAGGAAGGGCAGGCCGUGUGUCAAAGGGCUACUGUUACCGACUUGUGACCAGAGCAUUCUGGAGGAAUGAAAUCCCAGAAUACAUGAUUCCAGAGAUGCUGGUUGCUCCCUUGGCUUCUAUCAUGUUGAAGGUGAAACUGCUGGACAUGGGAGAUCCCCGUUCACUCCUCUCUACAGCACUCUCACCUCCCAACAUUAGUGACAUUGUCAGGACCGUGCUGCAACUCAAAGAGGCCAGUCACAUAUUCAGUUUUGAGGGUUCUUUCAUGAGAGAGCCAUGUAUGGGUGCAUUGUCUUUGAAAAGUGAUGGCAAAAUUCAGAAUGAUGAUGGUGACCUGACUUUCCUUGGCAUAGUGCUGGCCCACUUGCCCGUUGACCUGUACGUAGGGAAGAUGAUUGUCCUGGGUCAUGUCUUUGGCUGCCUGAAUGAAUGUCUCAUCAUAGCUGCAUCACACUCUCUUAAAAGCUUCUUUGCUAUUCCAUCUAUGCACCAGCUUGCAGGACACAGGAGCAAGAUGGCUUUUGCUGGCUGCACACAAAGUGAUUCUAUAGCUUUUGUUAAUGCCUUCAAGGCAUGGUACACGGCCAAAACGAAAGGACAAUUGAGACACCCUAAGGAUGAGCUGGACUGGGGAAAACAGAACUCCAUUCAGAUCAAGCGGAUCAGAGAGGUUGCUGAGCUGUAUGAGGACCUGAAGAAGCGUGUUUCCCAAUUCAACAUGCAUGUUCUACAUGACUCUCAGUCCUUUGACUACACAAGCACACACAGGCAGAAGUUCAUUCUUCAGGUGGUCAUUGCUGCGGCAUACUACCCAAACUACUUCUUCCAGGGGGAAAUGGAUGAAGAUCUGGCAUCUAAAGAGUUGUGUGGCUUCAACCCAAGAACAACUGUGAUGAUGCGGAACCUCCCGCCUUACAGUUUCUUGUAUUACAAGCAGCUGCUGUCUCACUUCCGCCCUUAUGGGCAAGUCAAAAACAUUUCUUUUGAGAGCUCCAGAGCAUACGUGGAGUUCCACAGGACAUCUCAGGACUCAGGGGUGCUGCCAGAGGUGCAGCUAGCCCUCCUCAUGGCACAUCAAAACUCUUCAAUGGAGAUUUCAGUCUACCCAACUGAACAAAUAGAAAUCUCUGCUGGAAACAGACUUGUAACUCACAUGAAAUAUACACGGGUGAAAGCUGACAUCCAGAGCCAGUCUGUCAGCCCAGUGGGAGUUUUGAGCAGUGCCAUUGACCCAGACAAGCUGCCUCCCAAUCGCUUUUUUGUUGUGAACAUCACUGAGGUGGUUGAAGUUGGUCACUUCUGGGGGUUUCCAGCAGAUGAAGCCAGCUUGAAGAAGCAGCGCCAUCUGACAGCAGAGAUUAACAUGCGUACUCUGUAUCCUGUAACUGUGUCGCUGUACCCCAACCUGCUGUGUCUGGCUCCAUACUCCCAGUUCACUGAACACAACUUGUAUUAUCGAGCCAAGAUCCUGCACAUGCGCGGUAAUACAGUGGAGGUAUUCUUUUUGGACUUUGGAAACACCGCAGUCGUUGAAUGCAAGUGCCUGAAAGAGCUGCCUUCUGAGCUGCUAUCUGAGCCAUUUCAGGCGAAAGAGUUCCAACUUGCUGGAAUGCGUCCUUCAGCCCAGUCACUCAUCCUGGGGAACCAGUGGAGCAGCCGUGCCCGCAACAGCUUUGUAACUUUGGUGAAGGGCCACUCCCUUAUCGUUUCUCUGUACUCCAUCCUGCAUGGUGUGAUGCGAGUGGAGCUGUUCAUCAACGAGGAGUCGACAAACACCAGUGUGCUGGACAUCCUGGUGAGGGAGGGACAUGCUGUAAGGGCAGAGGAGAGCAUUGAUUCUAAGAAAAGCAAUGAGAUGAUUGUGUCUCUGUACAAAGACUUGGAGAAUGGAACAAACGUUCCCAGCACAAGCAACAGCUCUUGGAGAAAUCGCACCAAGGAGGAAAAGGAACUGAUUGACAGUCUGCUUUCUCAUUUUUCUAAGAGCUCGGUGACCUUUUCUAAAGCAAAGGUUCGUGUGAAUGGACCAACAAGUCCUUAUAAGACAAACUUUUUCAGCUUGAACCUGAAGACCUACUACCAGACUGUGUUCAUUGAAAGGGCCAGUAUGAACUUACUGGUCCUUAAUGAAAACCCACACUACAAACAUCAGAGGAUGCUGGUAGCUGGGACUGUAUCGGUCAACUCAGCAGGCACACACUUAAUGUUGAGAGAUACCUCCAUCAUGCCAGACAUCCCCGGACUCCCAGCACUUGUGACGAUGCUGUUCACCCCUGUCAUGGAGUUGCGCACUGAUGGAGAGAGAACCAGCUACACUGGCGCCCUCUGUGGCUUAGGCAGCCACAGUCAAACACAGGAGGCCAUCCUCCCUGAGCAUGACAUAGAACUGGCCUUUGAUGUCAAGUUUGAUGUUGAGGACAUCAGUGAGAUAAAUGCUUUGAGAGUGGCCAUAAACCGCCUGCUGUGUGACGGACCCAGCAGCACGCUCCAUCUGGGCCCUGACCGGAUCAGUCAGCUGCAGGAGGACUGCAGGGACCGCCUCAUCAGGCUGUUCACCAAGUCCCCACCAAGGGAGGCAAUUACUCCACUGAACUAUGAGAAACUGGGAAAGUGGAACCAGGUGGAUCCUGCUCUGCGGAUGGACAUUGCUGAGCCAGGAGCUGAAAACAGCAGAGGCGUUCUCUUCCAGCUGCAUCCUGUUACUCUUCUCAACAGCUAA